AUGGCGACGUCAUUCCCUAAGAAGAAGUGCGGCGUCUUAGGUGCCACGGGCUCCGUCGGCCAGCGAUUCAUUCUGCUGCUGGCUGACCAUCCCUUCCUGGAGCUCCAUGCCGUGGGUGCCUCCGAGCGCUCUGCGGGCAAGAAGUACAAGGAUGCCGUGAAGUGGAAACAGUCAUCUCCCAUGUCAGAGAAGCUUAGCAACCUUGUUAUCCGUGAAUGCCGGGCCGACAAGUUCGCCGACUGUGACCUUGUCUUCUCUGGUCUGAACAGUGAUAUCGCCGGAGAGACUGAGAUGGAGUUCAUCAAGGCAGAGAUUCCUGUCUUCUCUAAUGCCAAGAACUACCGCAAGGAUCCCAUCGUCCCCCUGGUGGUUCCGACUGUGAACCCAUCGCACAUGGACUUGAUUCCUCACCAGCGUAAACACUUCGGUCUGAAGAAAGGCUUCCUAGUGUGCAACUCUAACUGUGCUGUUAUUGGUGUUGUCAUCCCAUUCGCUGCUCUGCAAGCCAAGUUUGGACCUGUUGAGCAGGUCGAGGUCUUCACCGAGCAGGCUGUCUCCGGUGCUGGAUACCCGGCAUGGACAUUGUCGACAAUGUUAUCCCCCUAUAUCAGCGGCGAGGAAGACAAGCUAGAGAACGAGGCCCAGAAGAUCUUGGGUGAUCUCAAUACCGAGGCCACCGCAUUCAAGGAGCAAUCCGAUCUGCGCAUUGGCGCUACCUGCACUCGUGUCGGUGUGACUGACGGCCACAUGGCAUUCGUGUCGCUUCGCUUCAAGAACCGCUCUACCCCUAGUGCAGAGGAAGUCAAACAGGCUCUGCGGGAGUACAAGUCCGAGGCCCAGAAGCUCGGCGCCCCCUCUGCCCCCAAGGAGGCGAUUAAGGUCUUCGACGAACCUGACCGUCCUCAGCCUCGCCUCGAUCGUGAUAUCUCUGGCGGAUAUACUGUGAGUGUGGGUCGUGUUCGCGAGGGCAAUCCAGGUGGUUUUUUCGACCUCCGAUUCGCAGCCCUCUCUCAUAACACCGUGAUUGGUGCUGCAGGCUCAUCUAUCCUGAACGCCGAAGUGGCCGUUAUCAAGGGUUACAUUUAA